CCUUCAAUCGAUGCUUGCGUUGUGCUCGGGUUGGGUCGGAUUUUGCUGUUUGAUGCUGUGGCUCGUCCAGGAGAGACGUUUGUGGUGUAGAUUAGAAUUGGGUUUCUGCUGAAAUUGUCGGGGAGAAGCUGAAUUGCUAAGAAAUUAGUGGGGAAUUCGCUGAGUUUCAAGUGAGGGGAGGGGAGAGAAGGAGAAUGAGGUAUUUCAAAGUCGUGGUGGAAGAGAUCACAGAGACGAUUGAACAUUUGUGGCCGUGGCAUCACAAGGGUGAUGACGGACAGAGAGAUGGCGACAAGGAGAGAAAGCUUAACUCGAAUCCGGUGCUGUUGGUGCCUGGCAUCGGAGGCUCCAUCCUCAACGCCGUGGACCAGAACGGCCGCAAGGAGAGGGUAUGGGUGCGCUUGUUUGAGGCUGACUAUGAGUUUCGAUCUAAGCUCUUCUCCUUUUACGACCCUGUUACAGGGAAAACCCAUUCAUUGGAUAAAAAUAUAACAAUCGAGGUUCCAGAGGAUCGGUUUGGAUUGUACAGCUGUGAUAUUCUCGAUCCUGAUGUGGUUUUGCGUAUUGAUUCCGUGUACUACUUCCACGAUCUGAUUGAGCAAUUGAAAAAUUGGGGUUAUGAGGAGGGUAAAACGUUGUUUGGUUUCGGUUAUGACUUCCGCCAAAGCAAUAGGCUUGGGGAAACUAUGGAUCGACUGAAAGCGAAGCUGGAGAUGAUGUAUGAGGUAUCCGGCGGCAAGAAAGUGGACAUAAUCACGCAUUCCAUGGGUGGUAUUGUAUUAAAGUCUUUUCUGGCUCUUCAUCCUGAGGUGUUUGAGAGAUAUGUCAAUUCGUGGAUUGCUGUUACCGCGCCCUUUCAAGGUGCUCCCGGUUUCAUCAUGGACUGUCUUCUUACUGGUGUGGAGUUUGUAAAAGGUUGGCAGCGAGAACUUUUCGUUGCUAAGUGGAGUAUGCAUCAGCUUUUGAUAGAAUGCCCAUCAGUAUACGAGUUGAUUGCCUCUCCUCACUUCGAGUGGAGUGAACCUCCUGAGCUGCGGUUAUGGCGGAAAAAAGCAGAAGAGAAUGGUGACGAGAAUGUGUUACUGGAAACUUUUGGGCCUAAGCACAACCUUGACGUUAUGAUUGCCGCUCUUAAAGAUAACAAGCUGGAUUAUAAGAGCGCUAAAAUACCUUUGCCUUUGAACGAGGACAUUCUUAAGUGGGCACUUGAGACUCAGAGAAUCCUGCAGACAGCCAAGCUCCCUGAAAGUGUUAAGUUUUACAAUCUCUACGGCACAUCGUUUGAGACCCCCUACCAUGCCUGCUAUGGGAGCAAGAAAUCGCCUCUGCAGAGGCUAACUGAGAUCUUGGAUAUGGAGGCUGAAUUCUCAUGUGUUGACGGGGAUGGUACUGUUCCAGUCGAAUCCGCAAUGGCUGAUGGUUUGAAUGCUGAGGCGAGAGUGGGAAUUCCUGGUGAUCACCGGAGCAUUCUUAGGGACCAACACUUUUUCCAUAUUAUGAAGCAUUGGUUGAAGGUUGGAGGCGCGGACCCAGAAUACGAUCCAGAAACAGACUAUGUCAUAGUUCCUAGAAGUGGUUUCGAGUUUGAUAGCCAUAUGGAAGAAAGCAUUGCCGUGGUUGAUCGCGAAGGAACUGAGGAGAGUCUUAGCAUCCCACCAAAUACAGUCUAUAUUGCCACAGUUGAAACAGGCUCAGGUUCUUCUAGUGAUACUCGAGCAGAGGCCCAUGCUCACGUUCAUCCCAAGGCAGGCCAAGUUGAUGAAUCUGAAUUUCAAGUCUCGACCAUCGGUGUUGCUGAAGGGGUAGAUGAAGAGGAAACCAAGGCUGCUCUUGACCAAGUCAUGGUUGCAGCAUCUAAGGAAGCUAAAGCUCGCACGGUUGACAAAAAACGAAUCGUCCAUGAUGAUACAUGUGUUCUUACGCACUAAUACAACAUUGAAACAGUCAGUCUGGGCUGUAAUUGGCAAGAAAGCUGACGACUUACAAAUGAACUCGCUUCCUCUUUAACGACCCUUCAAAGGCCGAAGGUGGUCUCUGCUAUGUAAACCUAUUUCUUAUUGUUCAAGACCUACACAAGCUAUAUGUUUCAAUUUCGCAUCCCAAUUCAGCCAAGGUAUGGGCCAUAGAAGCUCCAACAUUCUAUUAAUAUUUCUGUCUGAACGAUAAUAACGUAGGUCUAUGACUUUGCUGUACAUAUUGAAAAUGUAGGAUAAAAUCUGGUUGUGGGAAAAGUCGUUCAAUCAUUCCAACAUUGUAGAUACCAAUCCCAAUUUACGACGAAAGAAUCCUGUAUAGGUGCUUCUGAUAUUCUACUAGGAAGCGUAGGCUUCGUCUUGAUUCUUUAUAUUGAGAACAUUUCUUCAGGGAAGUGACAUACAUAUAAUAUCGUAGCUUUAUUUGUGUGGCUCAUUUGGACUUAGAAGAGGACGUAAGGGUUAAUUGUGUAGUAUGAAGACUAUCUUUAUCUCCUCAUCUUGUAAAGAUUGUGAAUAAAGCAGCGAUGUACACAAUUGGGUUUUCUGACCUUGUUCUGCUGU